AUGUGGAUUGUGGAGAAAGUAAUCAUCCUGAAACUCAACCACCCAUUACGCGAAUGCUAUAUAAGUGAGUGGCGCUUCCUCACACCCAUCAUUACGUUUAUGUCUGUAAUUGGCCGAAGGCGCCGCAAUAUGCAACACUAUUCGACGGCAUUCCUGAUAAUUUCGUUAGCAAUCGUCGUCAAUCAAGGAUGUGGCGUGACGGCGCAAGACGAUGAACUACUUGCCAUUGAGUCGAAAAACAGACCUUUAACUGUUAUACAUAAUUCAAAGUACGCAGUGCAAACGAAACCAACUAACCAAUCAAUGACGAAAUUAGACUUGCCUGCUUACAAACUCCAACAAAGACUACCAAGUAAACCGCCUAACAUCGUUAAUAAACCUGUACAACCGAACCAUUACGUCGACGCCCUUCGACCUCACUAUGGACAAAAACAGAAAUUACUGCAACCACCGCGAAGCUAUCCUAAACAGCCAUUGAAGUUACAAUAUUCACCUAAUUCACUCUACAAGUAUCCUAAAGUAAUCCCUGUGCAAAAGCUCCACAUACCAUAUCAUAUAAAAACGACACGACCGCUACCUUACGCUACGUCAACUGGAAUUCCAUUAGUUGCCAAAAUCCCUAAGUUCAGCUUACCGCAAGUAAUAAAUGGUGUUCGCGCCGACAUCGUGAAGCCACCACCAUCUUUUAACCAGACAACAUCGACGACAUCCACAACUACGGUAGCUACAACUGUUACGACCACAAAAAAAACUUUGAGGACGAAACGAAUAUGGCCAAAGCGAAUUCUAAACAAAAUGAAUAUGACUUUACAAAACACGACUUUGACGAAAGACAACACGACUAAAUCUAACACCACUGACGAGACUGACCGCGAGACUUCUGAGAGUAACCGUCGAGUCGCAUAUGCUUAUAGAAACUCUACCACCGGAACCACGACAGUCCAACCAUCAACGCCGCGAGUUUAUCGUCCUGUCACCAGAAUGGUUAAAGUAAAAACUACCACACCUUUACCACCAAUAAAUUUCACGGUGCCUGAACCUAAUGACUGGGUGCCAAUUCCCCCUUCGCAUUUUGCUAGAUUAAAAAAAACUCCAACGGAGCCAGUAAUUAGUAAACGUUCAGAUUUUUUUUCUAUUAAUCCUUCCGCACCUUUAGGUAAACAACAGCUUUAUUUACAAGCUUUUGGACUUUUCCCAAUGACAGCACCUCAACAUUCUGAUCCCGAGGUGGAUAGAAAACACACGGUUAUAAUCCACCGGAAACCUCAAUUGAAACCGCAUUCUUCUGGUUACAGUGGGCGGCCGAGCCGCACACCCAAGCAAAUGCACAACGCAUAUGGGGACUUAGAAGCCGAAAGAAGUCACAGACAUCUACACCCAAUUCAAGCCAACGGGCCGACCAAAAUUAAACACCACCAUCACCAUCAUCAUCACAGAUAUGUCAAAACUGUUGAGAAAAAAGUCAAAGUACCCUACAAAGUUGAAGUUCCGAAGCCUUACCCAGUUGAAGUUGAGAAAAAAGUACCUGUACCGGUAGAAAAAAUUAAAGUUGUGGAAAAACCUGUGCCUUACCCGGUAACGGUUGAGAAAAAAGUCCCGUUUCCAAUAGGAAUUAAAAUACCACAUCCCGUUCCUGUAAAAGUUGUAGAGAAGGAAUAUGUACCAAAACCAUAUCCAGUAGUUCAACGGGUGCCCGUGGUGAAACAUGUUGAAGUGAAAGUACCACAGCCUAUGCCGAUACACGUGGAGAAGAAAGUGCCUUUUCCGGUAGAAGUCAGAGUUCCUGUACCUGUGGAUAGGCCUGUCCCGGUAGCGGUGAGAGUAGAAAAACAAGUGCCUUAUCCCGUGCCCGUCAAAGUUCUCGUCCCGCAACCGUACCCGGUCGAAACUAAAGUCCCUUAUCCGAUUGAAGUUAAAGUCAGGGAACCGGUAGAAGUAGUAAGACAUGUACCAAUUAGAGUGCCGUAUCCACAGCCGUAUGCAGUCAAAAUACCUCAUCCAAUACCAUUUCCGGUAGAGAAACGAAUACCAUAUCGAGUUAACGUAGAAAAGAGGGUGCCAGUACCAAUAGAAGUAAUUGUCCCUCAAAAAGUAGAAGUUGAAAAAAGGGUACCUGUCUACAUUCCUAAGCCUUACCCAAUAGAAAAGAAGGUACCUUAUCCAGUCAAAGUACCUUAUCCUGUGAGAGUGCCUGUACGAGUACCAGUAAAAGUUCCCGUAGAAGUUCCGGUGUACGUUCAUCAUCCAGUACAGGUUCAAAUGUAUACUGAAGAUCAAUAUCAACCCACGUCUGAGUAUGAGGAUAUGGAUCGCUACGGUUCUAGUACAUCGCCCACGGUCUAUAUACGCGGGAACACUGGCUACAAUAGGUUCCAAUCUCGUUCUGACUCUGCCGCCGAUACAACGACACCAAAACCACUAACCAAUUCACCGACCACCACAUCAUCAAGUUAA